AGCUCGUGGACGCUUCCUCUUGGUUGGAGAGCGGCGGCUUCCUGAUCGGACUUUUAUUACCCCUCCUUUUUUUCUUGAGGGAAAUUUCAACUCGAGUUUUCAAGCAACGAAACCACGCGUCCUCGGGUCCAAACAAUUUCGGACAGCUUUACGUCGGCAGUCCUGUGGCCGCGAACGCGAGGCCUAACUUGUCUUUUUGCCGCCUUGUGUCUGUGGGAGCGCUCGCGAGUCAAGAGGCCGUACCGAAGAGACAUGAACGCUCUAUAAUAAACUGCUUUUCUAAACCCUUCAUGCACUUUUGCGCAUAUGACACUUGCCCUUUUGAACGGUCACCUUCAUUUUGUUUAAUACAGCUUUUGGAGGCAUGACAGGGUGUUGAAAUUUGGGACUGAACGAUCUAAGAAACUUCAGUUUAGCAAAGCGGGCAAAUAUGGCACCCAAAAGGAGACCACUCCCCUUGGUCAUAACCCCCACAGGAGAGGGACAGUCCACCAACAUAGAUGCUGCCGCAGAAGCAAACCUGGAGGCCUUGCAGAGGAAGUUGGGGGAGCUGGAUUUGGACGAACAGCAGCGGAAGCGUCUUGAAGCUUUUCUCACCCAGAAAGCCCAGGUGGGCGAGCUAAAAGACGAAGAUUUCGACCCCAUAUGCGAAUUGGGCGCUGGCAACGGUGGGGUGGUACACAAGGUCCGACACAAGCCCUCAAGACUAGUCAUGGCCAGGAAGCUUAUACAUUUGGAAAUCAAACCGGCCAUCAGGAACCAGAUUAUACGAGAGCUGCAGGUUCUACACGAGUGUAACUCACCGUACAUUGUAGGGUUUUAUGGGGCCUUCUACAGCGACGGAGAAAUCAGCAUCUGUAUGGAGCACAUGGAUGGAGGCUCAUUGGAUCAGGUGCUUAAGGAAGCCAGAAGAAUCCCUGAAGAAAUUCUUGGCAAAGUUAGCAUAGCUGUACUCCGAGGUCUCGCGUAUCUUCGGGAGAAGCACCAAAUAAUGCACAGAGACGUUAAGCCCUCCAACAUCCUGGUGAACUCGCGCGGUGAGAUCAAACUGUGCGACUUUGGCGUGAGUGGCCAGCUCAUCGACUCCAUGGCCAACUCCUUCGUUGGAACACGGUCGUACAUGUCGCCGGAGAGACUCCAGGGCACACACUAUUCGGUUCAGUCAGACGUGUGGAGCAUGGGCCUGUCGCUGGUUGAGCUGGCUAUUGGACGCUACCCCAUCCCCCCACCCGAUGCCAAAGAACUGGAGGCCAUAUUUGGCCGGCCAGUACUGGACGCAGGUGGGGCAGAAGGCCACAGCAUGUCUCCGAGACCGAGGCCUCCAGGACGACCGGUCAGCGGACAAGGAGUGGACAGUAGGCCAGCCAUGGCUAUAUUUGAGCUGCUGGACUACAUCGUCAAUGAGCCCCCACCCAAGCUGCCCCAUGGUGUCUACACCACUGACUUUGAGGAGUUUGUGACAAAAUGCCUCAUGAAGAACCCUGCUGACAGGGCUGACCUCAAGAUGCUAAUGGGCCACACGUUCAUCAAGAGGGCCGAGGUUGAGGAGGUGGAUUUCGCUGGAUGGAUGUGUAAAACCAUGGGUCUUCACCAGCCCAGCACACCCACUCAUAGCGCUGAAUGAACGCUGGUUCACAACAUAGCCAACCAUGCCGGUUUCAUCCUCCGCUCUACUUUGCUCCCUUCUUCUCUCACAGGCCUGUAUGCUUGUAAGCCUCCGUCACACCGCUGUGCACUCUUUUGCCGUUUUCUGCUUGCUCUUCCCUUCUGCUGCAGUGCUUUCUGGGGGCAUUGUUUUAUAACGGAGCCUCUAGGGUUGGAACACUUAGUCAUUUAAAUGAAUACUAAGAUUAGAGUCACGAAAGUGAAGUGGCUUUAUUUUUUAAGAUCAGAUUAUUCACAAAUGUGUCCAAAAUGGGUAAAUAUCAGAUAGGUUUUCGUUCAUUCAAUAGCUGUUUCAUUAAUUUUGUCUUUUUUCAGGUUUGAUUUACAAAUUUAUAAUAUUAUGCUUUAUUGCUUGAGUGCUAUUUAUUGGCAGUUAGCGUCACACUGUGUAAAAUGCAUAGCCUGGUUCAAUGGCAGACAUUUGAGAAUCAACUGCGAUUUGCAUAAAAAAAAUUACAACCAAAGAGGGCUACUGUGGAUCAUACAAGUUUAAUAACGAAGGCGAUUAUACAAAUAUAUCAAGGCCAAAUCAACAACACCCCAGGUAUAGGUGUUCAUCUAUGAAAAUGCUUUGUAAGUUCAAAAUUUUGAUCCUGAUCAUAUAUUUGAUUGAUAUUCUAUCAACACUUGUAUUCCCCCAACAGUGGAUAUCAAAUGCUUUCAUCAUCUUUCUAAAUUUUGACAUUCUUAUAUUUUUUUGGUUUUGUAGUCCUCUUAAAUAUCUAACGGUUUCUUGCAUUAUAUUUCAACUUUAAAAUGAUCCUCAGAAAGGUUUAUUUGGAAAGACGUGUUUAAUUUGUUUCAAUGUUCUGUUAUCUUAGAUUUUUUAAACUCAAGACGUUAGUGCUUUUCCUUAAAAUCCCUGUGAACCUUAUAAUCACAUCUAAGCUAUUCCGACCAGGUAUAGGACAUGUACACUAUGAAGUCUCAACUCAUUGGUAUAUUAAGUGCAAAGUAACGUCUCAGGCCGCCAUGUAUAGUGCUAUGCAGAUCAAAUGGACCUCAGAAGAUUAAUGAUGUAUUAGUUGGUCUUAUAAAUACACGGGUGUUACUGAUGGGCAUGGUGAAAUGUGGCUAAAGCCUACUUGUUCUGGAUAGCUUGGUGUUUCUUUUUUCUCUCUAGUACUUUUCAGUAACGGUUGAAACUGUAUUACUGCACACUGGCAUUCAGCUUUGAGUGAAUGCGUCACCACACUUAUGUGUAUAAAAAUAUGUACAGUACACACGGUACUGUUUUUCAGUCUUAAAAAAUAGCAUUUUAUGUUUUUUUUUUGACUAGUGCAAAGAAGAGGAUAUAAGUCAUUUUAUUACCAUAUGGAAUGUGUUGAAUACAAUUCUAAUAUAAAAAUAAAACUUAUUUGUGAAUGAU